AUGCUGGCGCGGGGCCGGCAGCUCCUGCGCUGCUGGAAGCCGCUCUUCACCGGCCGCCUGCUGCUGCUGACCCACACGGCGAGCUGCGGCGCGCUGCUGGCCACCGGCGACGUGCUGCAGCAGGCCUGGCACUGCCGGCGGCACCCAGACACCGAGCCCCAGGUGGCCCGCACAGGACGCAUGUUCGCCGUCGGCUGCAGCAUGGGCCCGCUGAUGCACUACUGGUACGUCUGGCUGGACGCCGCCUUCCCGGCGCGGGGCGUGCGGGGGCUGAAAACCGUCCUGAAGAAAGUCCUCAUCGACCAGCUGGUGGCAUCGCCCGUCCUCGGCGCCUGGUAUUUCUUCGGCAUGGGCUCGCUGGAGGGCCAGUCUCUCCAGGAGAGCUGGGAGGAGCUGAAGGAGAAGUUUUGGGAGUUUUACAAGGCCGACUGGUGCAUCUGGCCGGCGGCUCAGCUCCUGAAUUUCCUCUUCGUCCCACCCAAGUACCGGGUGGUUUACAUCAACGUGAUCACGCUGGGCUGGGACACCUACCUCUCCUACCUCAAACACAGGCCUGGCAGCCCCCCGAGCGCCGAGCACGACUCGCCGCGGGAGAGCCCCGCCCCCCCCGGGGGAGAACCGGCGCAGGGCCGGGAUGUGAAGCGGCAGCCGCUCUUAGCGACUGCGACGUUUUCGGGGGCUCCUGCCCGCAGCAAGCGAUUUUCUGGGCAUCGCGGCGGACGCGGCUCCAUCCGCCCAACGACCAUGAUGGCCGGAGCCCGCUGCGACCGCUGUCUGCAGCUCGCUGCCGCCUGCGCGGAUCUUGCUGGUUAA